AUGCAGAAAGGGCUUUUACAAGCGACUUUAUUCCUCAGACCACAUCUUCUGGUAAACAUAGGAUUACAGUCGAUUUUCCAACAAAAAAGAUAA